AUGGGCGGUCCUCCUAGCCCUGGCAAGGCAACGAGGAUAACCAGACCACAAAAAAAAGCUAAAACACGUUCAACAAGACGGCCCCCAGUCCUCCGCCCGUCGGUCACGCGCCUCUCCGGUAUCGGGGGCUGCCUCUGCCGACGAGGGGCGAUCAAAUCUCGGAGCAACAGGAUACCAUAGAAACGGACUACGGACGCGCCACGGUGACUGUCUACGUUUCGGAACCCUCAACUGCCGCUCGCUCGCUUCCGAUGCAGCAAAAGAGCAAUUGCUCGCGGCAAACCGAAACGCACUCAUCGACAUAGUGGCGCUCCAGGAAACAAAAUCUCAAGACACCAGCUGUAAGACUUGGCCAAACGGUGAACUUCUCAUCCUCGGCCACAAAGUCCCUGGGAAGAACGUCGGCGGCGUCGGUUUCCUCGUCAAUCGCUCGGUCCAACACCUCGUCGACUCGCACGAAAUCGUCAACGCCCGCCUCGGCAUCCUCCGACUCAACCUAGGAAAACGAGGAAGACUCACCAUCAUCAACGUCUACUCGCCGACCUCACCAGAAGCCGAAUCUAAGGCUAAAAGGGAAGAGAAGGAAAAGGAACUUGACGAUUUCUACCGGAAGCUCGAGGAAACGAUCCAACGAGAGAAGGCGUACUACAUCUUCGUUCUGGGUGACUUCAACGCGAAGAUGGGCAAGUGCGCCACUCCCUCGAUUCGUCACGGGAAGCACGGACUCGGAAUUCGGAACGACAACGGAGAACGCCUAGCCGAACUUCUCGACUCCAGAAGGCUCUACCACGGCAAUUCUCUCUUCGAGAAGCCUGAUCGGAGACGCUGGACCUGGAAAUCGCCCAACGGAGACACCACCAACGAGAUCGACCACAUUCUGGCCAACCGGAAAUGGUCUCUCCUCGACGUUGCCGUACUACCCAGUUUCGACGUUGGAUCCGACCAUCGACUCGUUCGCGCCAAGGUCCGUCUGAACCAGAAGUUCCUGAAGAAAGACUACCACCAGCCAUCGAGACCGAGAAGACCAACCUACGACAUCACCACGUUGGAGGAGAAGAUCUCGGAGCACGACUGGCAGCUUCUCGACGACCCGACAGCCGACUACGAAUCCCUCUGCGAUGGCCUCAUCAGAUGUGCAGAACCUGCAGCUCGACCAACCUCGUCUCUACCGCCGCGACUCGACCAACGAGCGAAAGAUCUGCUGCGAAGAAGAGGAGAAGUCAAACGAGACCCGCAGGCCACGCACCUAGAACGUCUGACGAUCGACAAAGCCUGCAGAAUGGCCGUACAAAAGUCUCUAGCCAACCGACGCAGGAGUGCACUUCUUCAGACAGCUGAGAAACGUCAAAGCCUCAAGAAGAAGAAGUUCGAGCUCGUCGACGAGCGAACGGUGAUGACAGCACUGAAGGACGAGAACGGCCAGCUGAAGACGUCAAGGAACGAGAUGGAGCGCCUGACGGUCGACUUCUACACGAAACUCUUUCGAAGCGACGUUCCCGUCCCCAGAACACCAACGCCGCCACCAGAAGAUGAACCCCCGAUCCUUCCCGAAGAAGUCAAGUACGCCAUCAGGAAGCUGAAGGUCGGAACGGCCGCAGGACCCGACAACAUCUCAUCCGAACUGCUGAAGGCUGGAGGAGACUCGCUGUACCGACUACUUGCCCGGCACUUCUCCAAGUACCUGAGCGAAGCCUCUAUUCCGGAACAAUUGAAAACGUCCAGGACGAUCCUCAUUCCGAAGAAGGGCGACCUCACCGACCUGAACAACUUCAGACCGAUCUCCCUCUUAUCGGUCGUCUACAAGUUGUUCACCAAGGUCAUCGUCAACAGACUAGAGAAGCAACUCGACAACUUCCAACCGUUUUCGCAGGCUGGCUUCCGACGCAACUACUCUUGCCUAGACCACAUCCACGCCUUGACAUAG